AGCGUCUGCACCCGGAAGUCUCAGCAGGGCAGAUCCAGAAGCGAAGCCCAAAGGGAGGGACUUCCGCUAGAGGCGCGCCGCUACCCAGACCUGUUGUCCCCUGUCAGCAGUCUUAUCCCAAGCAGUAAUGAACUCAUAGUCCUGCUCACACGAGGGGGCGGGGAGGGGAAGAACCUUGGGGCUCGCCGCCUCCCGCACCUGUCCAUCGCCCGCCGUCCGUCCUGGAGUCCCCGAGCGGCUCCUGCGUGGGGCAAGGGGGAUGGCGGGAAGAGAAGAAGCCCAGUCCUUCUCUCCCACCAGGCCUGUGUGCUUCCUGGGGGAGAUGGGUGCAUGCCGCCCUGGGUGAGGUUGUGCACGACCUUGUAUAUGUUGUCCUGGCGCCCUCUGCUGGCCUGCGUGUGCAUGAGCAGGGAGGACCCUAUAAACGAUGUUUUGGGGGUUGAGUAGGUAAGGUUCACUGGGCUUAGUUGUUAGGGUGCUGGGGACUCAGUACAGAAGGAUCUGGGGCAAAGAGAAAAAGGAAGCGGUGGAGAAGAAAGAAGAGGAAGGAAGGAAAGAGAGAACAAAGGAAGAAAGAAAUCUGGUUUUUACAGAAAAAAGUCAGCUAAUUGAAACUUGGGUACUAUUUGGCGUUGGUUUGCUGAAUUUAAGCCAACAUACACAGAGAUUAAGCCAGAAGAAAAUGAUGUGGUGACUGUUUCUGAGCUAUUCCAUAUGGAAUGCAGUGUAUUCAGUGGCCCAUGCCCUCCAUUAAACGCUUUUGAGCAAAAUUGAAAUGGAAUCUAAAGACAGAAAUCCUGACUGGCUUCUACCAUGCCAGGUAAGCCUCACUCAUAAGCAAGGGAAGCAUCAAGAUCUUAUAUUAUUGAUUAUUCAGGUUCUUAUUAUGUACUCCUGACUGUCCUGGAACUUAUUGCAGAGAGCAGGCUAGCAUCCAGCUCUAUGAGGUACACCAUCCUCUGUCUCCUGAGUGAUUUUGGAAUUAAAGACAUCAGAAAAUACACCCAGUUUGCCCAUUGUUAUUAUAGUCAGGAAUCUUUUAUACUAUUUCUCUCAUGUGGGCUCAGUACUAUAGAUAUGUUUACUCUCUCUGUCUCUUUGUCUGUUAAUUGGCAUUUCUCUUGCAAAUCUAUAUCCUAAUUAAAGGAUGUAAAAAUUAGAAAGGUAACUCACUAUUCAGUUUCCUCCUAAAAGGAGUUGGUUAUUACAUUAGAACUUGUGUAUGAGAAAUAAAUAAAAGAAACACCAGAAUUCUUUGAAAAUAUUGUAAAUGAAGGAUACAUUUUCAGUAUUCUAAGUAUCAUGCUUUCUGAUGUACAUGUGCAUGAAUAUUUUAGAGUGCAUUGACCUACAUACAAUGAUGUGCAUGUGAACUUCACUCGAGAAGAGUGGGCUUUGCUGGAUCCUUCCCAGAGGAGUCUAUACAAAGAGGUAAUGCUGGAGACCUACAGGAACCUCACUGCUAUAGGAUACAAUUUGGAAUAUCAUAAUAUUGAAGAGAAUUGUCAAAGUUCUAGAAAACAUGCAAGGUUUGAAAAUAGUCAUAGUGGAGAGAAAGCUUCUGAAGAUACUCGAUAUGACGAAGUCUUUACACGUCACAUUAGUCCCCACACAUAUAAAAGUAUGCAUAUUGGUGAGGAUCGCUAUGAAUGUAACCAAAAUGGUAAUGCCUUUGCACAUAACAGUCACCUCCUAACACAUAAAAGGACACAUAUUGGAGAGAAACCUUAUGAAUGUAACCAACGUGGUAAAGCCUGUGCACGUAACAGUAAUCUAAUACACGAAAAAAAUCACAAUGGAGAGAAACCUUAUGAAUGUAACGAAUGUGGAAAAGCCUUUGCACGUAAAAGUACUCUCAUAGUACAUGAAAGAACUCACUCUGGAGAGAAACCUUAUGAAUGUAACCAAUGUGGUAAAGCCUUUGCAUGUAAUAGUAGUCUCCAAAUACAUAAAAGAACUCACACUGGAGAGAAACCAUAUGAAUGUAACAAAUGUGGUAAAGCCUUUGCACGUAACAGUACUCUCCUAGUACAUGAAAGAACUCACACUGGAGAGAAACCAUAUGAAUGUAACCAAUGUGGUAAAGCCUUUGCACAUAACUGUCAUCUGGUAGUACAUAAAAGAACUCACACUGGAGAGAAACCUUAUGAAUGUAACCAAUGCAGUAAAGCCUUUGCACGGAGCAGUCAUCUGGUAGUACAUAAAAGGACUCACCCUGAAGAGAAGCCUUAUGAAUGUAUCCAAUGUGGUAAGGCCUUUAAACAUAACAGUAAUCUCCUGAUACAUAAAAGAACUCACACUGGACAGAAACCUUAUGAAUGUAACCAAUGCGGUAAGGCCUUUGCAUGGAACAGUCAUCUGGUAGCACAUAAAAGAACUCACACUGGAGACAAACCUUAUGAAUGUAACCAAUGUGGUAAAGCCUUUAAACAUAACAGCAGUCUCCUGCUACAUAAAAGAACUCACACUGGACAGAAACCUUAUGAAUGUAACCAAUGUGGUAAAGCCUUUGCACGGAACAGUCAUCUGGUAGUACAUAAAAGAACUCACACUGGAGAGAAACCUUAUGAAUGCAACCAAUGUGCUAAAGCCUUUGCAUGUUACAGUGCUCUCCUAAAACAUAAAAAAACUCACACCUGAGAGAAACCUUAUGAAUAUAACGAAAGUUGCAAAGACUUUGCACGUAACAGUAAUUUCCUAAUACAGAAAAGAACUCCCACUGGAUAUAAACCUUAUGAAUGUAACCAAUGUGGUAAAGUCUUUGCACAGAAUAGUCAUCUGGAAGUACCUAAAAGAACUUACAUUGGAGAGAAAUCUUAUGAAUGUACCUCAUAUGAUAAAGUGUAUGCAUUUCAGAGUAGUCUCUGAAAACCUAAAAGAACACAACUUGAAGAAAAAAACAUUAUGAAUGUAAUCUGUUUGGCAUCAUCUUUGUACAACACAGUCAUCUCCUAAUACAUAAAAAUGCAUGUUGCAGAAAAUUCUUAUGAAAAUAACCAAUGUCAUAAAAGCUUUUCAUGUAAGAGUCAUCUUGAACAAGAACACUUACUGGAGUGAAACCCUAUGACUGUAAUCAAUGUGUUAAAGCCUUUGCAUAUCAUAAUAAUCUCCAUGUACAUAGAAGAAUACACACUGGAGGAAAACUAUGAAUGUAACUAAUGUGAUAAAGCUUCUUGACGUAAUAGUAAUAUCAUAUGACAGAAAGAACAUAUACUGGAGAGAAACCUUAUGAAUGUAACCAAUGUUCUAAAAGUUGCUCUUCACACUCAUCUUCAAAGUCAUGAAAGAAUUCAUAUUGGACUGAAAGACUAUGAGUGCAUUUAGCAUGGUGAAGCUCUUCCACAUUUGUAUAGUCAUCAUCAUUAAAGAAUUCAUACUGGAGAGACAUUAAUGAAUGUUUUAAAAUGUGAGGGCUUUGCAUAUAUCUAUAUUUUUCAUCAUUAUAAAGGUUUCAUAAUGGAGAGGAAUUCCAAGAAAAAAACAUUUUUAAGAGGUGCAGCUGAGAGGCACUGUGGUUAUGUGGACUAGAUAUGCAAAAUAUUUCAAGUGUUUCACAUCUUUCUUCUUCACAUGUUCUCUUUACAAAAUAAUUAGAACCCUGUGUCUCUCCACACCCCUGCCCUGUGGAUCUUCUGUACUUUCUCCUGCCUUCUUUGAUUUCUUUUGUUUUCAACCCAUUAAGAAUUUAUUGUAAUGGAGACUUAAAAAAUGAAAUAAAAUGAAUUUUCAAAUCUUUU